UGACCUUGGAGGCAUCUUGAGACAAUGCAGGCUCUUCAGCAUAGAAAUGGAGAUGAGCACCACCCCCCAGAGUCAGACACAACUAGACUUAAUGUCAAGAGGAAACCUUUAUCUUUACUUAAGAUUUAUUAUUGUGGAAAACUGAGGCCUGGGUCAAAUGUUUGGUUCACUUUGGGCUGUCAUAGCUCUUUUAUAAUCCUACUAACUCAACUCCCCUUUACAUUUCUAUCCAAGAACUUGCUUUACAUCAAGAGAGAAAUGCUGGACUCUGAUUAUAUAGAAUCAGAUGAAGAGGUUUCCACAAACAAAGAAAGACAUUCUCGCCUUGGGGAGGAUAAUCUGGAUGAUACACUGGAAUUUGAUUUUUCACGCCGAACUUUGAGAGCAGAAGAGUUCAAAGAACUGUAUACAAAGGACAGUAGCUUAUUGGUUGAUCAAGACACUGGUCAUGAGGUUAAAGCCACGGUAGAGGAGCACCAGGAUUCAAAACAAAUGGCAAAAUCUAUCCCUCAGAUUCUUCUCCUUAGAAGUGAGAACCAUAAGGAUCCCAUUCCCUAUGUCUCUUCUCUAGAUGCAUCUGAGAUCCUAGAAAUCAAAGGAAGUAUUGAAAGUUCCAAUGAUAGUGAAUAUUGAAAACUUACACUCUUAUCAGUCUUCUAUCACUUUGCUUCAAAUGCUCGCUUGUGUUUCUCCUUCAGGGCCUAAUUCUAAUUUUUGUUUCUAGAGAAUUACAAAAUUAUUAUUUCAAGUGGCUCAGGACAUAAUACUGGAGCCACCUCUCCAUAUUAAAAUUUUUGUGGAAUAUAUGUGGGUAACAAAAUGCAAUGAGGAAAGCGAAUGUGUAAAUAGUAUU